UUAUCUUGAAGAACCAUAUUUACAUUGCAAUUGCCGAUUGAACUACAGAAGUGUCUUCAAUCCCUGCAAUGGCGACGGUCACGUUCUCCCUAUCCGCUAAAACCCUAACCCUACCAUCCCACCCUAAAACUCCAAUCUUCAACCAAGUAAAGAACGUUGGGUUCUUGAGGAGGGUCCCCAGUAGAAUACUCGUCGAAGAGGAGUAGCAGCAGCGAACAAAGAGAGACCAUUAUGCUUCCCGGUUGCGACUACAACCACUGGCUCAUUGUCAUGGAGUUCCCCAAGGAUCCUGCUCCCACCCGCGAGCAGAUGAUUGACACUUACCUUAAUACCCUCGCCUCCGUCCUUGGAAGCAUGGAAGAGGCAAAGAAGAACAUGUAUGCCUUUAGCACCACCACCUACACAGGAUUCCAGUGCACUGUUGACGAAGCAACAUCUGAGAAAUUCAAGGGGUUGCCUGGUGUUCUUUGGGUGCUGCCAGACUCGUAUAUAGAUGUUAAAAACAAAGACUAUGGAGGUGACAAAUACAUAAAUGGGGAGAUCAUUCCUUGCAAGUAUCCCACCUAUCAACCAAAACGUAGUAGCGGACCAAAGAAUGAGAGCAGAAGGUAUGAGAGAAGGAGAGAUGGCCCUCCUCCUGAGCGCAGAGGCCAAGACAAGAGGCAGCUGCCUCAGAUUCAGCCUCUACAUGAGGCCAGCUGCUGCAAGAUCCUUUUUGUAGGCAUUUUUAUUCAUUAUACCCUUGCAAGCUCUGAUAUCAGUUGUUAUAUUACUAUUAUUUCAGGUUACGCAGCCCAUCUCGAGGAAUAUGUGUUCUUGGACUAUGAGGUGACAUGUAAGAUGGGUGUUGGGUAUAUUUGUGUAAUUGUUUGUAAUCUGGUAUUCGUUAUAUCGACCCGUUUUUGGUGCUAUGACAAGUCUUUUAUAGAUUCAUGGCAAGUGACAAAUAGGAACUGUACUAUUUAGUGUGCAUAUUUAGCUUCUUGACAUUAAAUGGCCGAUCAAUGAUGUUUUAAUUUUGCUA